AUGUCCAAUCCUUCUAACACCAACGGCAGUAACGAAGUCGAGGUCGAGGUCAGCGAGCCAGCUACAACCCCGGUAGAGAUCGCUCUGAAAGACGACGUUGCUAUGCUGAUCAAGCGCCUCGCUCCGUCUGCACCGGUCGCUGAAGAACUCUGCUCGGCAUUAGCGAAAGAGUGUCUGACGGAGGCGCACUUACUCGGUUCGCUCUCCCAGCAAGUCAAGGAUAGGAUCGGCAACUCGGUGUCUAUAGCAGCUAGCGCCACUCUGACGGUCGUAUGUGAAGAGAUCGGUGCUGUGGUGAAGAAGAGAAGGAAGCUCAAUGCUGAGAUAGAGGCCUCCAGAACGGCAAUCCCCGUGGGUUCUAUCGUUGAGAGUGCUCUGAAGAACUACCAAUCACCAUUGCCAGCGAGCUUGUUCUACGGCCUACCUUCUACAGUGGUAUCGGGUAUAGCUAGUGUGAAAGACGGUUGUUAUGUCAACUUUCGUGACUUACUGGGAAGUAAUGAUGCUGGUUCGAUCCCCGCUGACGCCUCACGGGAUGGUACGGCUACAGACAAGCCGGGCACAACUGGUAAAGGCUUGAGAGAGGAUUCUGGCACUGAGUCCUAUGCUUACGGCAGAGCAGAUCUGGUCCUACGACGACAUGUACCGCAAGAGCAUACCGGCUUUGAUCGCUAA